UUCCGAAACAACGGAUUCUGUUGAGACCGUUGGUGUUCUUGAAUGGCUUUCUAUUAGAUGCUCCAAGGGUCUUAGUAACCGACCAAUAAACUUCUCUGAGCAUCGCGUACUUCAGCAAAAGGACUUGCUGUUGAUUCCAGUAGCAUGAAUUUCUCUGAGGUCCUCAAGCAGUCCAAUCAACUGUGCAAAGUUUCUCCAGAUGGAAAAUAUUUGGCCACCUGUGUUCAGUACCGCCUGGUUGUCCGUGAUAUCAACACACUUCAGAUCGUGCACCUGUAUACAUGCCUGGAUCAAGUGAUGCACAUGGAGUGGUCUUCUGACUCUCUCUUCAUCCUUUGUGCCAUGUAUAAGAGAGGACUUGUGCAGGUGUGGUCUCUAGAACAGCCAGACUGGCAUUGUAAGAUAGACGAGGGUUCGAUUGGAUUAGUUUCAUCACGCUGGAGUCCUGACGGACGUCACAUACUCAACACUACUGAGUUCCAUUUAAGAGUAACCGUCUGGUCCCUCUGCACAAAAUCUGUAUCCUACAUCAAGUAUCCUAAAGCCUGCCAGAAAGGGAUGGACUUCACUGCAGAUGGUCAUUAUAUGGCACUGGCGGAGCGUCGGGAAUGCAAAGAUUACGUCAGUGUGUUUGUGUGUGAUGACUGGCAUCUUCUCAGACAUUUUGAGAGUGAAACUCAAGAUCUGGCUGGGCUGGAGUGGUCUCCGAAUUGCUGUGUGCUUGCGGUGUGGGAUAGCUGUCUUGAGUAUAAAAUUCUAUUAUAUUCUCUGGAUGGUCGCCUGUUGUCCUUCUACAGUGCUCAUGAGUGGUCUCUAGGCAUCAAGUCUGUUGCUUGGACUCCCAGCAGCCAGUUCCUGGCAAUUGGCAGUUAUGACGAAAAGGUUCGGAUCCUGAAUCAUAUCACCUGGAAGAAGAUCACAGAGUUUGAACAUCCAUCCAUCAUCAGCAACUCCAAAGCUGUGGUAUUUAAGGAAAUGGAGAAAAGAGCUGUUGUGGGUAAUGAGGAUCUUUCUAUUCAUCAGUUGACUGUGGGUAACUCACUCUUCAGCACUCAGAGCAAAUAUGAAAUCACACAAAUGCCAGCCCAAGUAUCUGUGGUCAAGCCGGAUCCAGAUCGUGCCAACCCAAAAAUCGGCAUCUCUGCUUUGGCUUUCAGUGCAGAUAAUCGCUACCUUGCUACAAAGAAUGAUAACAUGCCUCAGAGUGUGUGGGUGUGGGACAUGCAGAGACUCGGUCUGCUGGCAGUGCUGGAACACACGGCUCCUGUGCGCUGCUUUGUCUGGGACCCACGCAGACCUCGACUGGCCCUCUGCACCGGAAACUCCAAAGUGUAUCUGUGGUCACCAGCUGGCUGUGUGUCUGUCAAUGUUCCAGUGGAAGGGAGUUUUCAGGUGCAGUCUCUGUUCUGGCACUGCAGUAGCAGCUUGCUCAUCCUGCUCUCGAAAGAGCAUCUCUGUCUGUGUUACAUGGACACAGAGGAGACAUAGACCAAAGCACUUGUUCAGCACUCCCAAUAGAUUUCACAGGAUAGGGCCAGUUUCUGCUGAUCAUCUGCUUCCACGGGAGCAGGAGAGAUUUGUAUGAGAUCUGGUUUCCAAAGAACACUAGGAAAUACACUGUGCCUGCAAAAGUACCUCAACACUUGUGAUAUGAUUUUGUAGAGUUCAGGAAGGAUUUUUACAGCAUUGCUUCAGCUUAAUUAAUUUGGAAAAAACAAUGACAUGAAACGUUAAAUAAUAAAUCCUAAUAAUGGCAACUGUCAAUACCACUCAUGCUACAAGGUGUCACUUUCUAGACUGUUAGGCAAUAAAAUGUGGCACAUUCUGUGAUUGUCCACCUAGGGUAGUUCUGUAUCUCCUGGUAAAAUCAAUCUUGCGCUGUUCCUGCUUUGUUCUCAUGCAGAGCACUACCUAGGAGAGAGGUUUAUGAAAUAUGUAUUAUUCCUCAGCAGCAGUUCAAAUGAACUGACUGACGCAUUUACUCAGAUCUGUCUUGGUGGCCUUAGAGAACAUAAAGAUUUUACACACGCUUCAUGAAGGACCAAACAUUUAAUUCGAAAUGCAUCAAAUGUAUGUGACUUGAGAUUUAGAGUGAUUUUGUAGCUGUAUUAUUAAAAAUGAAUGUCAGUUGUGAAUGUGAAGCUUUUUGCUUCAUGAGGAUAAUGUCUGUGUUGUUUUGAAUGUGUGUAUUUAUAUUACCAGGUUUACUUGUGUACAAAUAUGUUUGGAAUCUAGGUUUAUUUGUAUUUUUAUUUUUUUUUUUAAAUAAAAUUACAGCUAUUUGUAUUAAAGUUUUCUAUAUUGAUGUUUCCCUGUAUUUAUACUUUUUAUUUUAUAGAGCUUAUAGGCAAUGAAUUUAACAAAA